AUGGAAACAAAAAACCGUCAAGAUGCCGUCCAUUCCCGUAUCCAACAUCUACAAAGUUCCAAUGCAGCACUUUUGGCAGAGAAUGAAUUGUUUGAAAGUUUUAUAAGACGCAUGGAACAACAGGACCCCUUGACCCAGCCUGUGGGUCUGCAAGUAGCUGGAAAAUCCCAUCUGGAGCACAGUGGUCAAAGUGGGAACCAGACAAAUCAGGACAGCUUGAGUGCCGGCGUUCUGCAGCUGACCUUGAGACAGAAACUAUGCGUAGCACAAAGGGAAACAGCAGAGAUGAUAAGAGACCAGCAGAAAGACAAGGAAGAGUCUGAGAAAAUUCUGGAAAACUACAAAGUCUCUCUCAAAGAACUUGAUCUGCAGCGAGCAGACAUUCGCAAGGAGAAGAACAACUUUGAUUGUAGAUCACUAAAAGCAAUAAAGAUCUCAGAAAUUAAGGAACUACAAAAGGUGCUCCAGUAUAUGCGAAGUAAGCAGGCCACCCAGUGUGAUAAACUGAAACUAAAGAUCCAAGGCUUGAAGGCACGGGAGGAGAAGCUCCAGCUGCGGCUACAGGAGAAAAAAGAACAGGCAAAAACAGGACUGGAGGAGAUUUUCUUGGACUGCAGUGAGCCCGCAGUCGACCUCGAAGAACUGAGAGUCAAACAUUUGCAAGCUCAGUGCACCCUAAGAUCUCAAAAGGAGAAGCUUCAACGCGUGACAGUAGAGUCCACACAGCUGGGCAGGGACAUCACUAAAACAAAGGCGAUGCUCGAGAAUAUUGAAGGCGGCCUAUUACGUGUUGAAGAGGUGCGUUCAAAGGCCGAGACCCAGAACAAACAGCUGCACCGCCAGAUGUCCACCUACCAGGCACCCGAUGUGACGCAAUAUAUGCACGUCAAGGACAACCACAAGCAGCUGCAGCAGAGCGUAUACACUUGGCAGAGGAAGGUUGCGAUAGCUGAGAUGACCUUCAAGUCAAAAUCCUGGAGCAAUCAUGGGGACUUUCCAAAUCCAGUCAAGCUGCCAUGCAUUGCACAUGGCAAAGCAUAAAGUAUUUAUCAACUUGUCCCCUGAAUAGUAGCUCGGUCUCUAACUAUUUCAGAUCGUGCAAGUAGAUAUUGAAUGAAUCAAACAGCAAGUUUUAUACCACAAAAGCAGCCUCGGGUUGACAAUUUCAUUUAUUAGGAAGAAACCUUUUGAGCUUUUUAAGCCAUUAAGCACGAGUGUUAUGCUAUUACAUGACUUUACUAUGUUUACAUCAAUGAUGAGUUACUGAGCCGCUCAAUUGGAAUCAUUUUCUUUUUGAACCCUCGGGCAUGCCGUUAACACACGUCUUUGUGUGGCCACUGAAUGAAUACAUGAAUUUUCAGAAACUUCUUUAAAGGCACUUUCACAAAUUCACAUUGUCAUUACAUUGUGACA